CUCCCUGGGCUCGGGAUCGGCCAAACAAAACGAAGAUAAACCCCUGGGGCUAAUCCCCGUUACCUGAACCAUCCAUCAGCUUUUGCUGGACAUAUUACUGAGAGAAGCGAGAGAAAUAAUAACACCAUCGAACCGCCGGUUUCGCCGUGUGAAUCAAUUUCCUUGUUUUCUCUACGUUAUUCACACAAUAUCUUCGCCUCUCUUAGUUUUUGUAUACUAGGACGACAAUCUCAUCUCACCGUCGGGUCUCCACCAACUCCCCUACCUAGACAAUGGAUUUCUCACAUACCUUCUACGGUGGAGCUAACCCCUAUCACUUUAUCGGGAUUCCUCCCUUGACCCCAUCGCAUUCAAACUCAGCCGCAUCCGACGAGUUCAACAACCACUCUCCGCAUGAUGUUUACGAUGGCUUCCAGAACAACGAACAGCAGUUCCAACAGAAUUUUGAGCCGUAUGCCCAAUUCAAUCAUCAACCUCAUCAGACCUUCCCCGGCCCUCCCGGACCACCUACACCGCCGACGCACCCCAUGCACGGCCAAAAUGGCCAGAACCAGUCUCAAGUGAACGGUGCUUCGGAUGUAAAAAAUAGUCAAAUCGACAUACUACCUUUGGCCAAGCCGGAUCCUGACGCGAACAGACACACGGCGUCUAAUUCGGACGAAGACGACCUGACCCCCGCUCAAUCCCGCCGGAAAGCCCAAAACCGAGCUGCUCAGCGCGCGUUCCGAGAGCGUAAAGAACGACAUGUUAAAGACCUCGAAGCGAAGUUGGCCAACUUGGAAGCACAACAGCAACAAACGGCUACCGAGAACGAGAAACUGAAGCGUGAUUUGCAGAAGAUGAGUACCGAGAACGAGAUCUUACGUGCUACGUCCAGCGUCCAGGCCCAAAAUGGCUCUUUAUCGCCCCCGCCCGCAACAACUACAGGGCCCAUGCAGUACAACCCUACGGACUUCUACUCGGACCUCCUUCAAAAUCACGCAAACAAGACCCCGAGUCACCGCAUAGUAGAGUCGGGUGGCGAGCGCCUACUAGCUGCGGGUGCCACUUGGGAUUAUAUCAUUAACCACGAGCUAUUCAAGAAAGGCAGAGUUGACGUUGGCGACGUGAGCUUGCGUCUGAAGUCGCAAGCCAAAUGCGACGGACAAGGCCCAGUAUUUGAAGAGCGUGUCAUUCUCCAAGCUAUUGUAGAGAGUGUUGCCAGUGGUAGCGAUGAACUAUUAUGAGCGCUUGCGUUCCUUGGGUUACGUUCUAGAGAAGAUGUCAAGGGAAAAGUCCUGAUCAAACUAUGGUGGCGAAAAAUUGCGAAAAAUUACGAAAAAAGGUUUCCUG